GGAGUACAGCGUGAACAUGGUGAGGAGAGUGGGAGAAGGAACUUUGUCGGAGGGCUUUGCGGGUAUAUGGGAGCUCAGCGCGUGGCCAGAUGUAGCCUCGGAGCUCCCCUUGUGUUUUGUUUUUUCCAUUGUGGUCUUAGCUCGAAGGAACCUAUGUUUUACAGAGUGGGGAAGGGUCUGGCUUGUGUUUGCGUAAAGGAGAAGCGACAAGAACAAUAGAGAAGGAAAUUUUAAAGGAUGCACUGUUUCCAGCUCUUUUAACUCGAAAAUUUCCGUUUCAAGGGGAAGCAAAAGAAAACAAGAAGAUAUGCGACCAUGAAGCGAAUGCUUAGUCUCAGAGAUGAGAGACUCCCCCAACAUCCUUCCUGCUUAUUCUUCCAGUACAAUACACAGCUGGGCCCACCGUACCACAUCCUUGUUGAUACCAACUUCAUCAACUUUUCCAUCAAAGCCAAACUAGACUUAGUGCAGUCCAUGAUGGACUGUCUGUACGCCAAGUGUAUCCCUUGUAUAACUGAUUGUGUGAUGGCUGAAAUUGAGAAAUUGGGCCAGAAGUACCGAGUGGCAUUGAGAAUCGCCAAGGAUCCACGAUUUGACCGACUUCCGUGCACACACAAAGGAACCUAUGCUGAUGACUGCUUGGUACAGAGAGUCACUCAGCACAAGUGUUACAUUGUGGCUACAGUUGAUCGGGACCUCAAACGAAGAAUCCGGAAGAUCCCUGGAGUUCCUAUCAUGUAUAUUUCUAACCACAGAUACAACAUUGAACGGAUGCCAGAUGAUUAUGGAGCUCCUCGGUUCUAAUUCUUACCUGACCACAUUCGCCUGCCUUUCUUUACCAGCUUUCUCUGUUGUCAGUUAAUUAAACACACUUUUUGUUGUUUCUUUAAUCAUAUUUUGUCUCAAUUUUAAA